AUGGUAGCCCAUGCAAUCCCCCGUGGUCGAACAACGUACACGUGGUAUGUAUCAUGCGAUGUCCUGUUCGUGGCGUGCUUCCGUUUUGCAUUGCCGUUACAUGCGGUCCGCUCGAGGUACUCCAGGUGGAGGAGGCGAGAAAGUGAGAACACAGCCACAAGGCGCAACAGGGUGCAUGCUCACUCAUGCCUCCGCACCCUCCUACGGCAUCUCGUCCAGAAGUCCCCACGCGGACAUGACUUUCUUGCCGUCUGGGAUAAUUGGGGGAAGGCGACUGGUGAAGCUGAAGGUCGCAAGUGGCUGGUGACGGAGUUUCGCUAUCGACCUGCUGACGACGACUCUUUCGAGGCUCGGGUGCCGGUUCCGGAACGGCGUCAACUGCGGGAAAUGGACGAUUGCGACAUGUGGCUCGUUCCGUACACCGUGGAAGAGGCGACAAAGUCACAAGGUUACAUGACCGCGCCACAAUCCCCCAUUAUCAAAUUACGACGUAUAUGUCCCUGGCCGUCACUGUCACGCCCUGGCAAGCACGCCAGCAACAGUAGUGUACCUAUUAGUGCAAGGUGUCGGAGGAUUGUCAAACCGAGACGCGUAUGGGGUCGACAGUUAUGA